CAUGUACUGCAAAACUUUGCUAUUCGUAUGCAAUAAUAAUGAACUUACUAAAAGAUACAUUUAUUAUUCAUAAAUUAAUACAUUAAUAUGACGCACAAAGACAAUGGAUCCCCACUCUUGACCACUGAGUUUCAUUGGCGGAAUUAAAUUCUCUCUAUUUUCCCGGUGUAUUAUUUGAUAUCCCAACCAAUAUCACCAGUGAUGAAUACAAACGUCGAGAAACAAUUCGCGGAAGCUAAAUUAUUAUUCGAUAAAGUCGGUUGGAUUAUUCAAUUUUUGAGCGCAUGGCCACUAAACCCGACGUAUACUAAAUUAAUACUGUUCUUAUUGUAUUUGAUUUACGAAAAUAUCUAUCUUCUGAUAGCGUACAAUGAUUUUCUUUCAAUAUUCGGUGAUCUUCAGCUCAUGACUACAAAUCUUAUAGGAUCAUUAGUACAGACGAUAAUGAUGAUACGAUUAAUUUUUGUUAAAUUUUCAAAAAAAGUUAGAAAUAUAAUUAUCGAAAUCCAAGAUGACGUUUGUGAAAAAAAUUAUAAAAAUCCUGAUGAUAAAAAAAUUUACGUGCAAUACAGCUCGUUAGCCAUUAAGUUUUACAAAGUCACCAUGGGGUUUGGCACCGGCGCGGGAUUAAGUUUUUUUAUAUUACCUUUACAAAACUGUAUUUUAUCUUGGUUACUGCAUAAGCCUGUUUUUCUGGAGCUUCCUUACAGAGUUAAAUUAUUUAACUCAAAUGAAACAUCUUUCAAAGAGUCUAUUCUACUGUACAUUUUUGAAGCACCGUUACCUGUAACUGCGUUGUGUUUUUUCGCAUCUGUUAAUAUGCAAUUUAUAAUAAUAACAAAUAUAUGCGCUCGUAUUGCUAUUUUGACCAGCAGAAUAAAGAAAGUGCGCGGCGAAGUUGAACCUGUCAGUGCAAUUAAACACAUUGUGCUCAAACAUUUGGAAUUGAUCAGAUUAACAAAAAAAGUUGACGAAAUUUGGACACCGGUUUUUUGCGUUGAAAUAAUUGUUUUAAUUCCACUUUUGGCCCUAGUUAUGUUCAGUGCAAUUUUGGCACUGGAAGCCAAUGAGACAAUAGCGUUUAUGACAUUAUUCACUUACGUAGGCGCAGUAUUGUCAUGUUUGUUUGCAAAUUGUUUGAUGGGUGAACUAUUAUUAACUGAACGUGAGCAGUUGUUGGAAGCAUUUUACUUAUGCAAUUGGUACAAAAUGUCAACCGAGUGUAAACGAUCCUGGCUCAUUUGUAUGGUAAAUUGUGCAAAUAUUCCAAUGCGUAUGACUGCUGGAAAAAUUUACAUAUUUUCGUUCAACGGUUUUACGGGAAUAUUGAAAUCUUCAAUGGGUUACGUAUCGUUAUUACGAACACUGACAAUGUGAAAAUUUUUUUUUAAUAAGUAAUUUUCUUAGUCUAAUUGUAAUUAUUUUUUGAAAUUUACAGUAAUAUAAUU